AUGGAUCGCAUGAGCUUCAUCCCCGGCCCCAAGGCCAAGGCUGAGAUCCACGAAGCCGAGGGCCGCAUCUUCUUCAACCGGGCAGCCGCGCUCGACUACGCCGACGAGUUCAUCUGGAACGCGCCCGGCGGGGGCAUCGCGCGCAGCCCGCACAUUCGCCUGCUCUACCAGCUCGCCGGCGCCUGCCUUAGCGAGGGCGACCUCGUCGACGUCUGGUUCGGCCUGCGCGGCCCCGACAACACAAAGCCCGUGGAGGAGGGUGGGGAGCGCGCGUACCCCAGCGGUGAGGACAUUGGACACACCUGGGCGGUGCUGACGCACGCAGCAGACGGCAGGAAGCAGACGGUGUGGGAAGUCGGUCGGGACACGCCGUUUCCGCGCGAAGCGUACGCCAAGAGGGCGUUUGACGGCUACCGGCAGGCGCUGGCCGAGUACAAAGAGAUGCCUGCGCCGCCGCGGUCGCCUCCUGCGGCGGAAGACGAGGAGGAAGCGUGGCCGACGACGUUUCGGGACAAGCCGGUGGCGUCGCGCGCGCUGGCGCCGGCGAACCUGUACCACGCGAGCGCGCGGAUGUGGUACUUUGUGGACUUUGCGCCGCCGGGCCAGCUCGCGGAGGAGGAGCCGGUGCUGUCGAGGCCGGUGCGGGCGUUUGACGCGCUCAUCCUGUCGACGCUCGUGGCGCUGGCGUACGGAGCCCCGCCGCAGGUGUUUGGCGUGAGGUACAGGCUGGAGAAUAUCGGGCAGAUGCCGGCGGCGUAUCUGCGGACGCAGUACGAAGCGAAUGAGGAGCUGCGAGAGCAGACGGACGAGGAGAUAUUGCUCAUCAUGUGA